CCCUUUCCGAGAAUGAAGAUGUGCUGCAAAUUGUAUCUUCGAAGUUGAGACCUGAAUUCCAACCUUUCUCCAAGGUUAUCGUCGAGUUCUCUUAUUGGUUUGGGAAGAAUUUUCGAUCUACGGCUUCAACAGCAUUUUCCAUUAGAGACAUUCUAGUUUGGGUCAAGUUUGUCAAUGAGAGCGUGGGUCAUCAUCCUGCAUCUUCUAUGAUCCACGGUGCUGCAACCGUUUUCAUUGACACCCUUGGUGCAAAUCCAUCUGCGCUAAUCGCACUUGACCCUAAGAGUAUGGAUACACAGCGACAGAGAUGUUUAGAUAAGCUAAGCGAGUUGCUUGGUUGCGAUGCGACUGCGGUAUAUCGAGCACAGCUACAAUUAACUAUUGAUGCUAAUAAACUACGGAUCGGCGAUUUCUCUAUUGAACGUACCACAAAUGAGGACUUCGAAACCGGAUUUGCCUUACAUGCACCAACCACCAAGCUCAACGCGAUGAGAAUUAUUCGUGCUCUCAAGGUGCAGAAACCUAUUCUAUUAGAAGGCAGUCCGGGUGUGGGGAAAACAACAUUGGUCAGUGCUCUUGCUCGAGCGUGUGGACGGCCCUUGACAAGAAUUAAUCUUUCCGACCAAACUGAUCUUAUGGAUCUUUUUGGAACGGAUGUCCCCGUAGAAGGAGCUGAAGCAGGUCAUUUCGCAUGGAGGGAUGCACCAUUUCUUCGAGCUAUGCAGAAUGGAGAGUGGGUACUUCUUGAUGAGAUGAACCUGGCUUCACAGUCCGUCUUAGAAGGCCUUAACGCUUGUCUCGAUCAUCGAGGAGAAGUUUAUAUUUCCGAACUUGACCAAGUCUUCAAAAGACAUCCCAACUUUCGUCUUUUCGCAGCACAGAACCCACAUCAUCAAGGUGGAGGGCGAAAGGGGUUGCCUAGCUCUUUCGUCAAUCGUUUCAUUGUUGUGUAUGCUGAUGUCUUCACUGAAGAGGAUCUCUUACUGAUUGCACAACAUAACUUCCCCAAAGUCUCCGCCGAUAUUGUACGACGAAUGAUCAACUUCAUUUCAAACCUUGAAACACGGAUUCUUGUUGAGAGAGUAUUCGGGGCCCAAGGUAGUCCUUGGGAAUUUAAUCUUCGUGAUACCCUACGUUGGCUGCAUUUGCUUACGUCUUCGGAUCCUCUGCUUAGCACUGGUAGUGUUGACGACUUCCUGGGCAUAGCAAUUCGACAGCGUUUCCGGACUGAGAAAGACAGACUCGAAGUGGACAAGCUUUUCGCCGAAAUAUUCGAGGCGCCACCAAAAAGCCACCAGUUAUACCAUAACAUUUGUUCUUCCUCACUUCAAGUUGGGCUUGCACUAAUGCAACGGAAUCAGCUUGUGCAACCUUCACAAUUCCCUAGCAUGGAUAUUGUUCCUCGACUCUCCGAAAUAGAGUCCCUCUUAAUUUGCAUCAAGCAGAAUAUCCCAUGUAUUCUUGUUGGGCCUUCGGGAAGUGGAAAGUCCAUGCUACUGCAACACAUCGCUGCAUCAUCCGGUAAAUCACUGGUCACAUUCCCCAUGAAUGCUGAUAUAGACACUAUGGACCUCGUGGGUGGAUUCGAACAAUCCGACCCUAUACGCGAGUUGAAUACUGCAUUGAGAGAAUUACAAGAAGCCUUGCAAUUGUCAACAGUAAGCGUUUUAGGUGAAGGCGUUCCAGAUUCGGCAAUCGACUUGUUGAAUGCUCUUAGUUCUACGAAGGAUCAGAUAGAGGAGCGUCAAUAUCUCGUGGAUUGCAUUCGAAAUCUUCAGAGUCAAAUAUCGGCAGGUUCGGAGCUUGCUACUAUUCUCACUAAUGCGCGCGACGUUCUUCAACGUCCUAUUAAUAUCUCGAACCCUAGAUUUGAAUGGUUGGACGGUAUUAUCGUCAAGGCCCUUCAGAAAGGAGAUUGGUUGGUACUUGACAACGCGAACCUCUGCAGCGCUUCAGUUCUCGAUAGGUUAAACUCCUUGCUUGAACCAGAGGGUUUCCUAAUAAUCAACGAACACUGCGGUCCCAAUGGUGAGGCCCGAGUUAUCAAGCCUCAUCCCGAUUUUAGGGUGUUCUUGACCGUCGACCCUCGCUACGGAGAACUCUCACGGGCGAUGAGGAACCGUGCUAUUGAGAUCUACAUCGAACCGCAUACUUCUGCUUUGGAAGUAUGGCGGGGUAGAGUGACUGAAGUAGAGUCGAGUUUAAAGAGAUAUGAACUGUUAGAUUCAACAUCCUAUAUCAGGUCGUUUGUAUCAUCUGUCGCUCAGAACUCCUUAUCCUUCAUUGAUUUACCUCUACUCGAUAAGUUCGAUGUCCACCAAGGCCGCACUGGACUACCACGACGAACCGAUCUCACUGAAUACUAUCUUGACCAUACGGUGGAGGAUAUGACCUCUAGACAUGUCGUGACUGGCUCGUUUGUAGAGUCACCCCUCACGGUCGAUAUACAAAAAGCAAUCCACCAUCUAUAUGCAGCUUUGUCUACGAGCGUUUCUCCCGGGCUCGAAAGUAUGCAGCCGAUUCAUCCUUUGCAAAACUCGGUGGUUGUCCCUUUGCUUCAAGGACAUUCUCCUCGCCUUCCCUUCUGGUUAGCAACUUGUUACGACUUGUAUACCGACAUUAUCGAUGCCCACCUCCAACUCGAAUUCGAAGAGAUCCGCCGUGCAUCAAGCCAAUUAUCAGAGUACAACUGGCUUCAACGUUCUGUUGUCGCAGGUAGUGUCGCUGCUGUGGCAAAAGAUCCCACGGUUAAGUCGGCCAAGUUUAUUGUUGGUGUUCUCGAAGAACUCGACUCGUUUAUGCGCUCCAAUCUUUCAAACCCUGGCUCAUGGAAGGAUCGAUCAUACUUUUUCCGAGACAUUAUGGUCUGCUGGUGGAAUAUGUAUCGGGAUCUGACAGCAGCCACUUUCCAUGGGGCGAUCUUCCAGGCUCGUCUUGGUAUGGCUUCAACUAUGCUAUCUAGCCGCAUCUCCCACAGCGAAGAUGAUCAGGUACGUGAAUUAGCUUCACGAAUUCUCAGGGGCCUGGAUGAAUGCUUCGUCUCCGGAUUCAAGUUAUCUACGGGACUGAAUAUGGAAAGCCUCUGGAAAUUGUUGAGGCCGAUUCCAAUUGGAACCGAGUCGCUUCUCGAUAAUAUCGUUUGUAUGGAACAACUGGCUUCUCAGUUUGACUUGGUCAAAUGGCAAUCUACGGCCGCGCCAUCUGACCUCGCUAAAAUCAUGGAUUCGUUCGUUAAAGCAUAUCAGCUUAUUCGGUUGGACGAGCCAAAUGUGGAUGCUCUUUUGGAGGCAUUGAAGGUUGAGAUUGAUCAACUGCUUAACAAUAUAACUGAAAACAGUGCCUCGAUCUCUCCAUUUAUGGUCGAAGAGUUUGAAACCAUAAGGCAGAUAAUUUUUCUCGAUGGCUUAUCGCACCAGGUCGAACCUCUGCAAGAAUCAAACGAAAUGAUCUUACUGUCCAAUAUUCCGCUUACCACCCAGAUGCGUGUCAGCAGUGCUACCGAUACGUCAAAACUUCUGUUGUCAAUGGAGUGUAUUUCCAGCGAAAACAAUCACCAGCAGCAUUGGGAUGGGAAUUUAUCCGCUAGAGUCUUAUCAAAGCUUGAUGCCGUGAAUUCAGCGAGCCUCAGCUCUCUUGCUUCACUCGAAGCGGAAUUGCCAAUCAUAGCCAGGCAGAUAGGUACUAAUACGCAAGCAAUUGCAGACGAUCGGCUUGAUAAACUAAGGGAGGUACUCUGGUACCUCGUUUCGGACGUAACGGCUGUCUACGACUCAUCAUUAGCUGAUGCAUUCGCUUCGGUUCGCGAGGCGUCUGCUACAAUCGAUGAAAAGACCAUAAUCGAGUUCGAUAAAGAGGAUUUAUCAUUCGACGUGAACAGACUUUUACCAGAUGCAGCAAUAUUUGGACAGUGGGAGUCUUCUCGUAUUGCUACUGAGCACUUGAUCCCCGCUGUUGCGAGCUGGGUUGGGUCGAGAUAUUCUAUUAGACGACGUACAUACCUUGCUAAUGCUUGGGUUCAAUUUUCCAUCGCAUUGAUCAAACUUUUCGUCCCCGACAAGGCGUUCGACCCGCAAUUGCGACCUGAACUAGAGCUAGGAUAUCAUAAAGGAGUUUCGCGAUUCUUACAGCAGAAACUCGAACAACUACAGGAUUUCGAGAAGUUCUCGACGGGCCAUUCUACAAAUCUACGCUGCAAAUUGGUAGAGGAAGAAAUUGCAGCUUUUGGACCUGCCCCUAGUGCAAUUCAGGCUGUAUAUCGACCACGAAAGUGUGAGCUACCCUCAGUACAAGCAGAAUUCAAUAAUCUAUUACAGAUUAUUCUAAAGGCGGAUAUUAGCUCUAUCUUGCUUCAACAUUACUCGGGAUCGGAAGGGGCCACGCAACAGUUGCAUGUUAUCCACGAAAACAUAUCGAGAAUUGGUUACCGCCUGAAACAGAAAUACCGCGCCUAUGAAGAUAUAACCUUGCCGGUAGUCAACAUGAUCCACUGUCUUGAACUCGGCUUAUACCUAGGACAAGAGGCUACCUCAAUAGUUCCGCAGAAUGAGCUCCCAUCGGGAUCGUUGCUGAACUUGGCACCAUUCCUUGGCGGAAAACUAGAAAACUCGGCUAUACAGACAACUGCAACCCAUAGCUUCGAGUUCCUCUACUAUUCAAGUACGGUAGUUGCGGUAGAAGGGCUGAAAGGAUUGAAGACAAUUGAGCAGAAUACCUUCCAGGCAAUUCAUUCAUUAUACGAUCAAUGGUCCCAGAAGCUUGAAGCGGAUCAAAAAGCCGAGGAGUCGAAGAGAAGUUGGUAUCGUUAUCGGGGUGGGCUAGAUGAGGAAGUGGCAGCAGAACAAGAAGCAUUUGAUGAAUUGUUCCCGACAUUUGACGAAGAAAAUGAGCUGAACCAAAUGGCAAAGCCCAAAGUGGGAGACGCCCGAGCAUUGGCCAUAAAACUAGCCAAAGUGCACAAACAUAUCUUCCUCACCCCACAAGAUGCGUCUGAGAGCAUUAAGAGUCUCAAUAAACUCUUGGCUGGAAAAGCGUCGACGGAUUCUAAUCUAACUAUUUCGGAUCGAAAUUUACUUCCAGCCACAUUAUUGGCUUUGAACGAGAAAUUGGAAGAGAUACGCUCCAACACGUGCCCGGCUGAUUACAACUUUUACACAGAUGGCAAUCUUCCUGAGGCGCGAAGGCUUGUUAAUCUGGCCAAUGAAUUUCGUGCUCGUUUUAGACAGCUUCAGCAAGUCGACGAAAUUGGCCACCUUCAACCUUUGGCAGAUAUCGUGUCAUCUUGCGACAAAAUCCUCCAAAUUGGACAAUCAGAUCCGCUCGCCAGAACAAUAUCCAAGGUUGAGCAACUGCAUGCCUUUGUUUAUGAAUGGCAAUUCGGAGGCUGGGCGAGCAAAGUCUAUGGCGCAUUACCCCUGUACAAUCGCCUAACUGACUUACUUGUUGGUUGGCGAAGACUAGAACUUUCAACAUGGGGUAAAUUAUUCGACAUGGAAGUUAAGAAGAGCGAAGAGGAUGCCAAUUCUUGGUGGUUUAUCGCUUACCAAGCUAUCAUUGCCGUGCCUCUGACUCUAGCUCAAGCCGGAGAGGAUAUUUCACAACACGUCUCCAGUCUACUGAAGGAAUUAGAGACAUACUUCUCGUCAGCGCCCAUUGGACAAUUCGCUAGCCGGCUCGGUCUACUGAAGCAACUUCACAAACAAUUGGAAUUGCUUACGGAGGAUUAUCCUUCAAUGUCAUUAAUUAGGGAUGGCCUUCAGAACUUUAUUAGCUUUUACUCCCGUUAUACUCAGGCGGUCGACAACUCAAUUCGCACUGGAAGGGGACCCCUUGAGAAGCAGAUGAAAGAUGUUCUUCUCUUGGCUAGUUGGAAAGAUACGAAUAUUGUCGCGUUGCGAGAGAGUGCCCGCAAAUCUCACCAAAAACUCUUUAGGGUUGUGCGAAAAUUCAGAGAUAUCCUUGGCCGGCCUAUGAAGCCAAUCAUAGAAGGUGGUUUGCCAGAUGAACCGUUGGAUGAGACCAGCGCCGUCGUGACCCAAACGAAGGUUAUACAUAUCGACCCACAUGCGGUUAAGCUGUGCUCUCAAUACAUCCCUGGCUGGACGGAUACCUACCGAAGAUUGGCUAAUGUCCAGAAGACUACCGACAUUAUGGAUAAACUAAGCCGCAUCCCCGAGUCCGCUUUGGAUGCUGGUGAGGCUACCGAGUCUUUCUUAUCCAAUCUCGAGUCAUCAGCUCUUGAGCUUCGCAAAGAGACCCCCGGAACCCUUACCGAAGAGAAUAAAGCCUUAGUGAAACAUCUGAAGUCACGUAAGCGAAAACUCUUCGCAGAGACUCUAAAAGGAGUUCGGCAGAUGGGAAUUCAUUACAACCUGAGUACCGACGUUCUAUCACGACAAAAUGCGCUCUCUACGGUGCUUGCUACGUCGGAUGCAUUUUUGUCUCAGCCUUUCAAGGAACUAGAAAGCACUGAUUAUUAUUUCCACAAAAUGCUUGAUCUAGCGCCUAAAGUUCGGGGUGCCUCUCAAGAUCAUUCGGAAGACCUGACUAUCGCCGAGGUUGACAGGAGCAUCGGAUUCCUUGAAGGUAUACUUUAUGCCUCGCUAAGUCAAAGGCGUGAGUUGGCAAAAACACUUAGACAACACGAUGCACUCGCGACUAGUUCGAAGUAUAUCUCCUCCAUUAGCACCUUGAAGGUUGGCAAUAAAGUCACAACUCAAAUACUCUCUGGUAAUCAUGAGAGAGCUUCUAUUUGGCUUGUCCAGAUAAUCAAGGUCGGCAUACAUCUUAUUGAGGUGCACGCUAAACUCGGAAAUGUUAACAAUGCGGAGAUUCUCAGCUUACUUAAUGGCUGGUUGGAGAAAAUGAAUGGCUUAUCUGCAAAUUGGAAUUCAUUGCCGGUUUUGCCAAGUGGGGUAACCUCGCUCGAGAAAACACAAUUGGAGAAUUCCGUUAAUUCGAUAUUCAAUGAAUUUCGGAUUGAAUUGAAUGAUGCAAGCCACAAAUGGCCGGCCUUGGCAUUCUUACUUGAACAAAUCCGACUAUGGACCAUCAUCGAUGAACAUUCAAUAUCUACCGAUUCAGCGAUCAAACAACUUGAUGUCGUCCUCAAUGCUACGAAGAGCCUUUGCGAUAGCAUUCUAGUUACCAUUGAGCAAUUCAACAAAAAGGUUACCGAGUUGCCAGCUUCAGAUGAGGAACCUGGAUGGCUUGUCAAGUAUGGCGAGGUUAUGGUUGGUUCCCUAAAAGCUCUACGCAUGAAGAAAAUUGAGAAGACUAUGGGGGAGCUUUUGGAUGUCUUGCCUCAAAUCGAUUUGGCCAAUGAUAAUGCUUCGGGGGCCUUGAGAGCUUUGAUGGCAGUUCUCAACCCGAUCGUGGAUCAAUACCAAGUCAUAUGCAAGCGCGCGGUCGAAAAAUACGCUCGCGUUCAUAGAAGUACUUGCAAACUUGGCUACAAGUUGAGCAAGAGCUUUACCCAAUUGGCAUCUCAAGGCUUUUGCACUCCUCAAGAAAAUUCUGACGAGACAUCUGGUGAGGCUGGACAGCUUGAGAGUGGUACAGGUCUUGGUGAAGGAGAAGGCGCUGAGGAUAUUAGUAAGGAUAUUCAGCCUGAUGAAGAUUUGUCCGAAUUAGCUCAAGAAGCCAAUAAAGAACCCAACCAAGAAAUGGAAGACGAGAAGGACGCUGUUGAUAUGGCCGAUCAAGAGCUCGAGGGCGACCUCGAAAGUAUUGAUGGCGGUGAGGAUAAGGAGGAAGACUCCAAGUCUGGUGAUGAGGAAGAGAGCGGUGAUGAGAUGGAUGAGGAAUCUGGCGAAGUGGAUGAUCUAGAUCCUUCAGCUGUUGAUGAGAAAAUGUGGGAUGGUGAGAAUGAGGAGGACGUAGACAAGGAUCAGCAAGGAGAGAACUCGAAAGGGCAGACGAAGAAAGAUGAGCAAGUAGCCGCUGACGCGCCGCCCGAUACCCAGGAGAUUGAGCCCGGACAAGACGAAGAGCAGGGUGACGAAAACCCUGAUGAGAAUCCUGCUGCCGAAGAAGAGGAAGACGCCAAACCACAGGAUGAAACCAGUAUGCAGGAUCAAAACGUCCAAGAGCAAGAUACACUGGCGCUUCCCGACGAUAUGAAUAUUGAUGGGAGCGACGACGACUUGUCAUCAAUUAGCGACGAUGAGCUCGAUAAGCUCUCAGAUGUGGAUCAAGAGGAACAAAAUGAUAAACGAAUGGACGACCAGGAAAGUGAGAAUGGAGAAGACGCCGAGAUGGAAAUGGCACCUGGCGAUGAUAAAGAUGAACCCGAAGAGAGCGCCGAGAAGGAAGACGAGGCCAAUAUCCAAGAAGAUGGACAGGCGGAUGAGGAGUCAGAGAACCCAAUGGAAGAGGAACGCGAAACUGCUGAAUUGCCGUCUAAGGAUGAAGUCAACGCGGAUAACGAGAACGCUGCGCCAAGUGAUGUGAAGAGCAGCGGGCAGGACCAAGAUCUCAAUCAAACUGAGGAGGCCAAUAACGCUCAGAGUAACACUACUCAACAAGAGGACGGCGAGGUGGGAGAGAAUGCAGCCGAUCAGGAAGCUUGGGCUGGUAAAAAGGGCAGUGUUUCGAAAGCUCAAGAACAACCUUCUCAAGCAGAUAUAGACGAUACCAAGGAUUCUACGACUAGCCAACCUUUCAAGGCGCUUGGUGAUGCUCUGGAGAAGUGGCAUAGACAACAACGAGAGAUCAAGGAAGCUCAAGAGCAAGAAUCUCGGGAGCAAACGAAAAAUGCUGAACAAGAGUCCAAGAUCCAAGAGUUCCAGCAUAUCCAGAAUGACGAAUCCGCUGCGGAUGCCCAAGCGAUGGGUGCUUCAAAUGAAGAGCAGAAACAGCAAAUUGACGAAUCCAUGGCAAUCGAUGACGAAGAUCAACCUGCGGACAGCCGAAUCCUACCCGAGGAAGAAGUCGAGGCAGGCCAAAUGGAUGAAGAUAAGAUGGAUACCUCAGAACCUCUUGACCAUCAAGAUCAGCAAGAGACACAGAAAGAAGAGAGACCUACUGGAGUAUCAACUCGCCAAGGUGCCUACAAUAGGAAUACAACGCCACCGACGAAUGGAGAAGCUCCUUCGGAAGAAGUGGAGGAAGAGAUCCAGGAAACGUCUACGCAACUGUCGAUUACCCACUUAUCGGAACCGAAUAUGGAACUCAGGGAUUUCGAUGAGGCCAUGCAAGAAUGGACGUCUUUCCAAAACAAAACCCAUCCUCUUUCAUUAUCCCUUACUUCUCAAUUACGUUUGAUUUUAACUCCAUCCCAAUCGACAAAACUAUCUGGAUCCUACCGAACAGGUAAACGCCUCAACAUCAAGCGCAUCAUUCCAUAUAUCGCCUCUAGUUACAAGAGGGAUAAGAUAUGGAUGCGCAGAGCUAUUCCGACUAAGCGAUCUUACCAAAUCCUGCUCUGUGUUGACGAUAGUAAGAGUAUGGGCGAAUCUAGUUCCGGCGCACUGGCGUUGGAAUCUCUAGUUAUGGUCUCGCGUGCCCUGACUAUGCUUGAAGUUGGUCAAAUCGGAAUCCUUGGCUUCGGUGCAGAUACCUUCAUGGCACAUGAGUUUACCGAACCGUUCGCCUCGCAUGAUGCCGGUGCCAAGGUGUUGCAGAAAUUCACAUUCGACCAAGACUACACGGAUAUUGAACUCCUCGUCCGACAAACCAUCGAACGCUUCCGACUUGCGCGUCUUCAAAACCCGAGUCGAGGCUCUGAAGACCUCUGGCAACUCGCAUUAAUCCUAUCUGACGGCCUAACACCAUCUGCAUCACACGAAAAGAUCCAGCUCCUGCUUCGUGAGGCCAUGGAAGAACGUAUCAUGAUUGUUUUCAUCAUCAUGGACGACACGGCAAAUAGUAAAGAUAAGCAGAGUGUCAUUAACCUCAAGAAAGUCCGGUUCAUGGGUAAUGAUGAGAUCAAAACGGAGUACUAUCUAGACACGUUCCCGUUCCAGUACUACCUCAUUGUACAUAAUCUUGAGGAUCUCCCUGGCGCGUUGGCGGGCUUAUUGAGGACUUGGUUUGCAGAGGUUAAUUCUUGAGCUUGGAGGUUGGAAGUUGGGGUUUGGACUGGUUGCAUUGCAUUGCGUUGUUUUGAGGGUUGGUUUGGCAUUAGAAUGGGUGUUUAUAGGGCUUGAUAAAAAGAAAUGGACUUGUUUAUAUGUUCUCACAAUU